GUAUUCAGUACCGUAAUGACAGGCUCUGGCUUGCUGAAUGGUUGCUACAAAUCACAGAAUGAAGAAAAUGUAGAGCUACCUCAGACCUACGAUUCUUCCCUUUCAACAUCAGAGUACUCUGCAGCUAUGGACACUUCCCUUUUAUAUGCACCGUGGUCUGCGUGCGGAGAUGAUACCAAGCAGCCUGCUGCUUCUCAGAUUAAUAUGAAGUCCAGGAUUCAGCCUGAAAGGAAUGAUUAUGGCAGUGAAACAGAUUUAUAUGGACUUGUGUCUAACAUCUUGGAAGAACAAGAUAAAUCGCAGCCAUAUUGUGUUGAGGGGAGUUGCCCUUCCAACUUGAAGCCAGUAUGGCCCAUGAACGCAACCAGAAUCGCAGACCACCACGACCUGUUGCCAGAAACUAAAAGACCAGUUGUUGGAGUUGUCUCACAGCCGGGCUUUUAUAGCCACAACAACGAAUCCAUAUCUGCUACUGAAAAACAGUACUUGCAAAGCAGUAAUCUCGCAUCACAGCAAAAAGUAGAUGAACAUUACCAUGGUUUUACAGGCAUAGACCUUGAAGAGCAGUGUUUAUAUCCUUCUAGAAAUGAACAUGCCAACUGUUGCAACAUGCAGACUAGUGAGAAUAUUAAGAUGACAGCCCUCUAUCAGAACUACCCAUAUAUAAAAAACACCUUUACACCCCAGUCUGGGUAUUCAGAAGUAAUCAAAGACUUGGGAGCCGAUGCUUAUCUGUACAGAAGGGAGGUGUGUCCCAAAGGAGCAGAUGUGCAGUUGCACCAAAAGCAGGCAGAAAUGUUUCUUCCACAGUUUCACAGAUACAAUGAAAACGCAGAUUAUAGUAGAUACACUGAAUAUUCUCAUGCCAGUAAAGUGAAGCCUAACAAGAGCACCAAUUGUAGCCUCCAAGCAAAUAAAAAAUUAGUAAACGGAACCACUGAGGCUCUGGACACAGAACCCUAUAUUAAAUUACUUCAAGUUAAAUCAGGAACUCAGAAAAAAAUAGAAGAUACAAUAUCAGAUCAGCAGAACUUUGCAUUUCCCAAGGCUGUAGGACUUCUACCAGAAAAACAAUUUGCAAAUGAAGCUUCAUUCUGCACUGAUUUUGGGCAAAAAUCUGAUUAUGAAUUAAAAUCUUUUGCAGCGUGUCCAGGGAAUAGUGACUAUGCCACUGGUGUAGAAAGGCAGCAGUUUUCCAAGUCUGAUCGUCUGAAUUCUGAGCGCUGUGUGUCACUUCCAUUGUUACCAAACACAGCAAACCCUUCAGCAGGGACUAAUUUAAGGCCAGCUUGGGUGAACAUUAAAACCCCUGCUUCUGUCCCAUUUCAGAAUCCAAGUCCUUUGUUGAAACUGAAUAAUUUACCUGCUUUUCCAAAAAGUUCCAGUCAUUCUAAUGAUUUUCAGUUACCAUCUUCAAAUUUCCCUUUAAAUAGUAAUUUAUUUCACAAGUAUUGUCAAGGUAAUCCUUCAUUUUUUCCAAGUCUUGAUUUUGGUUCUAACACUACAGAAAGAGCUCAGUCUGCUGCUUGCAUGGAAGCACUAGUUAGGAGUGGUGAAGACAAUCUCAUGGAGUAUUUAAGUGAAAAGAAAUUCAAGCAGAUGAAUGGAUUCUGUGACAAUUACUCAGCUCAGCAGUUUGGGAUCAUUGGAAAUACGAACAAACACCAUUUCCAAUUGAAGCCACAGAAUGAACAUUAUGAUCUGGAAGGACAAAAACACCCAGAUGGGUUGUUGCAGAACAUGUACCAAGAUUUAAUGGAGUCUCAGGGUCCAUUUAAUCUCAGGCAGGGGAGUGGAGAUAGUAACACCAUCAAUCCUGUCACUUGCCUACAGGCUCAAAGCUUUUCCAACAAUUAUGCGAUGGGUGACUUUAGACAUAAUCAGCACCUUGGCUCAAGUGCAUUCCCCUUGAGAUCAGCUCACCUGUUUGGCCAUUCCAUUGUCCCUCAGAUGGAGCCUCACAACUUGGUCUGCCAUGAUUUACAACGUUUCUACCCUUACCUUAAUGAUAAGAUACAUGGUGACAAUUUGUUUUCUGCUUUUGUACCAACAUUUAGAUUUCAAAGACAGGUUAAAUCCCGUAGUGGGCCUGCCAGUGAGCUUCAUGUUAGACUAGAAGAAUGUUAUGAACAGUGGAGAGCAUUGGAGAAAGAAAGAAAGAAGACUGAAUCAACUCUUGCUAAGAAUUUCCAAGGGAAAAAGGUUUCCAGCGCUAACAACACUCCGAUUCCAAGGCUGACAUCAAACCCAUCAAGAGUUGAUCGCUUAAUUGUGGACCAGCUACGUGAACAAGCCAGAGUUGUGACUUUACUGGGAAAAAUGGAGCGCCUUCGCAGUUCUCCCCUUCAUGCUAACAUUUCUACUGCUCUUGAUAAACAUCUGGAGGUAAUUCAUGUAGUGCAGUCACGUAGAAAAGAUGAAAUUGUAAAUGCUUCAAAUCGACAGAGGCAAGGAGCUCCCAGAUGCCAAGAUGACAGAGCUGUGUUGGCUCUUGCUUUGGCAAUUAAAGAGAUGAGCGUAGUGACACGUAAAGCACGUACAACUCUUUGGUGCGCGCUGCAGAUGACCUUACCAAAACCCUCAGCUGGAAAACCAGGUCGAGAGAAAGCUCUUCGGGAGACGGUGCCACCUGAAGAAAAAGCGUGCGAAAAUACAAACAGUGGCAGGAUCGUGAAUCAGAGGGCUGAAGUAAGCAAGCAUUAACCAAAUAGCAGCUGCACGCAAAAAUCUCUGUAGUGUGGAUGUGUGAGGAAUAAUACGCUAAUUCUUUUUAAUUAUUUGUAAAAGUUUGACCUAUUAAUAUUCAUAUUUAAAGCUGUAUCUUGACAAGUUGAAUUUGCUUUAAGAGCUCUCGGGUUCUACUAAAACCGUUAACAUGACAGGCAGCAUCAGAAUAUCGUAAAGCCAAACUGGUGAAUGUUAACUUAAAAAAUAAUCAGACUAAUUAACAGCCAAGAUACUAUUUAACUUCUGCAGGUGAACCCUGGUAUACAACUGUUCUGAUAACUUAUUUUAGUUUUGCUUUAGGAAGUAGGUUUUAAAAUAAUGAUUCUUAAAGACAGCAGUCUUUAAGACCGGGUGUCCGGUCAGGAUCCAGUAAGAUUGUGAUGUAAAAUUGGUUUCCUUAUCAAACUAAAACGUGGAAAUGGGAGGAAAAAAUGCUAAGACUACCCAAUAUUCAUGUAAAAUUAAAUAUUUAAAAUAUAAGUAUUUAUUAAUUAGAGAUUUUAGAUUCAAAGUUUGUGAAAGGAGAUGCACAGGGUUCUACUAAAUUACUGGUAUGACAAAAUUGCUGUUGUGAAACUAUGCAAUUUAAUAAGCAUGUUCAAAUCAUUUGGGUGUGCUUUUGGGAAAAAAGAACCUCCGUUUUAAAGUAUUUAAACGUAAUCAAAAUAUGACAUGCACACAGGAUCAUCCUUGGAAGAGCUGUGCAGCAGCUGAAAUAAUGAGUAUUGUUUUUAAUAACUUAGCUUUAAAAUCGGAAGAGGCAUCACAAAGUUUUGAAACUUAGGUUUUCUUAAAAGUUACUCUUUCACUAGUUUGGUUUGAAAUUUCAUUGUCAUAUUUUAGACUGAUUAGUUUACCUCUGCAUUUUUGACAGAUAUUAAUACUUGAUGUUCAGCUGUGUAUCUUAAUCUGUAUGGAGUAUACAUAACUUAUUCACUGAUAUGAAAUGUUGUUAUUAUGUGGCUCAGGAGACGUGGGGUUUUAACACUUCUAGCAUCACGUUUAUAAUGUGUGGAUUAAAUUUAUUCAACCGUCCUUGCCUAGAUACCCUGGUAUUUUAAAUGUCUCUGUUCUUCCUACUUCUGGAAAUACAUGCGAAAGGUGUGAUUGCACCACAAAUUGACAUGAGAUGAUGUGAGAGAGAAACUGAAUGAGAAUGCAGCAGAAAGCGAGUAACUGUUUUGAUCACUGAAAUGACUAAAGUACUGCCAGAGUGGGUUUAUCGGGGCAGGAGAGCAAAGCACAUCAUACCACAAGUCACUGCAUUAAGAUUUGUUGCGUUUAACCUAGGAUAUGUUGGUGUUAAAAGCAAUACUGUACUGACUUUAGUCUGUCUGGUAAGAAAUAAAUCAGCUUUUAUUGAAGAGCAUUUGUUCUGCGAUUGUCUUCAUAGCCCCAGCUCCUACAACUCGAUCUGUUAAUGGGGACUGUAACUUUCAGUUAGUUACUGAAGUGUGUUACGAGGCGUAAAGCAGCGGUGAUGCUGAAAUUACUGACUUGUAGAGAGAAAUGCCAGUAACAGACAAACUGAGAGAAAAUUCUCUCAGUGCAGCAAAGCCAGAGUUCUUGGAUUUGCAAGUAUCUCGUUAGUUACGAGCACUGUACUGCCUGAGGAAGCUUACGCAGUAAUUUCUCAGUAUCUUAGGAGUCUGCUUCAAGCAUUCUUACCCUGUAAAUCCCCUGGUGCUGAUGCCAGUAGUGCGUUCCUGAAUACUGUAUCAGCCUAGCCGCAGCGUUUACCUCUCCGGAGGCAGCAUCUGCCAGGGCACCAAGGCAGCAGCAGGAAUUACUGACAGUUUGACAGCAGACCUGCGCCCCGGAGGCUGAGAAGCAUCAGCUGUGCUUAAACAGGCUCAGGGGCAGCGUAAACCCUUCGGGUGAUGCUGAUCCUCGUGCCUGCAUGUUUGCACAAACCACAACACGCUUUUGCUUUCCAGCAGCCGAAGCCAGUGGAGCUGCCUGGGUUGGUGCUGCCGGGCAGCUGUGAGAGCUGGGGCUGGGCCUUGCUGCGCCCUGUCCCAGCCCUGGGGGAGCGCGCUCGGCUCGCGGGGCACAACACGGCACCUCGCUGCCGGGUGCAGCCGGUACCCGCAAAGGUGACCUGCCGCCGUGAGGGCUGUGCCCUUCUUAAACCCAAACGUACUUCUGCAGAAUGUAUACAUUUUGGCACGUAUACCAUAGCCUCUUGUCCUCACCUGUGCCCAGCAGCGGUGUUCCAUUCCUGUCAGGAGGCGGCAGAUGCUGUUCUCCAGCCUGCAGCUCGCUUUCGCUUGGAAGUGGGGGUUCAGGGAAGUUCAGUACUGGGUCACAGAGCUUCAGAGUGUGGGAAAAACCCAAGGCGCUGCCAGCAAGGGAGGGCAGCUGCUGCCACCAGAGCCACUGAGGUCCCAGUGGAAGCCUCAGAUUGCCCCGUGCAGCCGGCAGCUUCCUCAAACCCGGCCCGACCUGGGCUGCCUCAAGGGUGUACGAAGGGCUCCAGCUCCCAGGAGAAGGCAAGAGCCGGCCCGCAGUGCUGAGGACACGCGGCCCCUGUGUGCGGUGGUGCUGUGACACCCCUCUCCUCUGGUAGCUACCACAUGCCGGUGCCACCCACCCGAGACGCUGUGCUGCAGCCAGGGGCCACCGCUGCAAGGCGACGGGAGGCACUGGCAGCCCCGGGAAACGCUGAGAAUAAACGAGGACCAGCACCCUGGCAG